AUGGAGUUUUUUCGCCGGUUGGGGGAGCGCCACGAGGCGCUUAAACUGAAAAUUCAUAGCACUAGAAUCCCGCUAUCCAAAAAUGGGCAACGCAUCAUGGGGGUCGUGUACUUUACAACUCCUAUUGUCGGUGGCUAUUACAUCAUGAAGUGGGCAGAAGGACGUGCUAACGCUAACUUCCAGCGCGAGGAAAUUGAGAUUCGGCGAGCAGCAGGUAACAAUGCAAGAAACGUAGCUCAGCAGAAUCAGCAGCUCAAGAAACAACUGCAGCAAAUGCAACAGUAA